UAAGAUAUGUCGAAUUGGACUCGGAACCCGCUUGAUGGAGGAGAAAGAGGUCCAAAGUAGGUUUGUCUUCUGCCGAUUUCUGAGCACAACGAACUUGUCCCAUGCAGCCUUACAUACAGGGCGAGCACCAGCGCGUCAAUAAUCGACUCCUGCCCACAUCAUUUUCCGCACACGAGACCCCCCUUCCACAAAUAUAAAUACAGGAGCCGUGGAAAAAGACAGGCACGGAGAGUGGGAGACCACCCAACUUUUUUUCUUUGGUGUCCAAAUGGAUACCACUGCUUCGGAGAUUACGGUGUCCCUUGAAAUGGGGUCCGCUGACAGGCUCCCCAAGCAUUCGUCGCAUUCUCCAUUCUCAUCGAACCUUGACUCGAUGACAUUUAUUCGGCAUCGACGUCGUUGGAUCCCGUCGAGACAGUGUAUGCUACGGAACAGUUUACUUGCUGGCGUCGGGUACCUGGAGCUCGCCAAUGCGGGAGACUUUGCGGCCAAUGUGUGGAACGAGACUCCGGUUCCGGUAUACGCGACAGUCCUGAUGGCAAUAGGGGGCACUGCUGCUCUGGCGAUGUCGGUCGUCACCGUUAAGGAUGCGCACCUGAGUUGGGAGAAUAUUCGCCUGCUCCGGGAAGAGCGACACUUUCUGCGCUCCCACCGCGUCACGGAGUCGGAAAAAGACGACGCAGUCGAUGUUGACAUCGACAGCCACCUGGACGUCAAUUCCCGGGAAUUGGGCACGGAACUCGUCGAUCGGAUUGUCAUGGACGUUUUCCUGGGGAUCGGAGCCGUCCUCGUGGGCAUCGGUGCGCUCCUGGCGAUCGGAGGCGCCAACCACAAAGUGUGGCUCGCGAGCAACCUCUUGUCCGGAUAUCUUGGGAAUUCGCCGGCCGCGCUGUACGGGCUCCUGAACGCCGUGUGGUCGAGCUGUCUCUGGGCUCGCGCCGAUCACCACGGUCUCGCCGGCGCGAAGGAGCUCGACCGCGAAAUUGUCCGGGGCCAUCUACAGCCGCGGCUGCGCUCGAUUAAACUGCACGCCUGCACCAACGGAAUCUCCGGGCUGGUUGCGGGAGUUGCGUCGAUGAUCACUGCCACGCACUGGUGGGGGUAUGUGCUGUUGCUGCCAUGUAUUAUAGGCUCGAUAUGGUGUAAUUACUACUGGAGGCAUGCCGUCGGAUACGAGCGUCCGUGUUGUCGCCUGCAUCUGACCAGUCUAUCAAAGGACUCUCUGCUCCAGGCGCUUCAAACCUUUUCCUUUGCGCGGCAGGCCCUCGAAACCCCGCCGACGACGACUCGCGCGUCUCCGUCGUCUGAGACGGCCAUGCAGCCCCCCCUUGGCGAUCUCAUCGAGGAUCCAGGGUCACUGCAAUCGGUUCUCGACUUCAUCAUCGCAAAUGAUCUCUUCGAGCAUCUUUGUGUGGACCUGCUCCAGCGCGAACAACUGGCGGCCGAUCUUUUCAACGUAUCCGACACGGGAGCAGUGACGAUAACCUCUUCGCAGCUGCUGGAAGCUGACACCUAUACGUCUCAAAUCUUAGAGAUUGCCCGACAGUGUAUUCUGCGGGUCGGACGGAAGCACUUUUUAUAUAGAGAGCGGUUUUUGAUAGAACUUCUCGGGUGUUAUUUGGCCCGGGCCAACGCACCUCGAAGGUCUGCUGCUGUAUGAUAAAAAUGAACCUCAUCAUGAUGAUGAUGAUGAUGAUCCGGCUCCAGAAUAAAGUAGAGAUGAAAGUAUUAGACCUCUUGAGAACGAUAAGCAUACACCGUCC